AUGAAUUUCACGCUCGGCCCCGUCGGCGUGAGAAACUUCCUCCUUCUGCCCUUUAAUAAGCAGGCCCUUGGCGCCACCCGACUAAACAUCGUCCAUGUCGGCCCAUCUGUCCUGCUCGCUCGGUGGUUGUACAGGCCCAAGCGGGCCGCCACUGAUGUCCUGGAAUCCGUCAACACGGAGGCUGUGAGAUCCAGCGGGCGCGCAUUUAAUAUAUUGUACAUGGAUCAGGAUGGCAACAGGUGCACCUCGUUUACUCGCACAGCGCACCGCUACGCCUCAACCGAUGCCAACAUCUCCAAACUCUCCAACAUGUCGACAGAGCAGAUCAUCCCACUGCAUGUGCACGACGCCAUGCCCAUGUAUACAAACAUGGUCCUGACCGUCAUGCUGAAAUAUGAUCGCGUGCUCGAUCCGGGAAUCCUAAGAGACGCGAUGACCGAACUCAUUGACAGAGAAGGCUGGCGGAAACUCGGUUCCCGGCUCAAACGAAAUGAAAAAGGCGAACUGGUCUAUCACGUGCCUACCACCUUUGACCAAAACCAUCCAGCCAUAACCUUUUCCCACGUCCACCACGACACCGCCAUAGCAGACCACCCCCUGGCACGGCACAUGCCGUCCCGCAAACCCGAGCCCCAUAACGACCAGCCCGCCGUCGUGCUCGACCCGGAACAUCUCACCCCCUUGGCCCGGCGCGCCGACGCCCCGCGGACCAAGCGCGAAUUCAUCACCCGCGGCCUCCCGCAGCUGGAGCUCCACGUCGUGACCUUCCGCGACGGCACCACCGUCGGCGUCAGCUGCCUGCACUCGCUGCUGGACGCCAUGGGGCUCGGCGCCGGCGGCCUGCUGGGCGCCUGGUCGCUCGUGCUGCGCGGCAGGGGCCACGAGGUCCCGCCCGUCUGCGGCGUCGACCGCGACCUGCUGCGCGACCUGCCCAGGCUCCACCUCGGCGCCGCGUCACCGCCCGAGUACAAGCACGCCCGGCACGUCAUGGGCUCAUGGGGCGCGCUGACGUGGGUCCUGCGCCGCGGCUGGGAGGUCCUGCGGCACCCCGAGGAGGAGGUGCGGGUCGUGCGGGUGCCGGGCGCCUUUGUCACGCGCCUGCGGGAGGCGGUGCUGGAGCGGCUGGCCGUGGCGACGGCGGGUGCGGACAGCGACGACGGGGGUGGGCGGUCGUCGCUCCUGGACGCGGUAGCGGCGGAGGCGGCGGCGGCGGCGGCGGCGGAAAAGAGCCCCUGGGUGAGCGAGGGCGACGUGCUGGUGGCGUGGUGGAGCCGCUACGCCACGCUGCACCUGGCCGACCAGCCGGACCGGCCGGUGAUGCUGACCAACGCGUACAGCAUGCGCAAGGCCCUGGCGGGGACGCUGCUGCCGCCGCCGGCGCGGCCGGGCGGGGACGGCGCGCCCGGCCACGUGUACCUGGGCAACUGCGUGACGGGCCUCAACGUGCACAUGACGGUGCGGGCCACGGCUGCCACGGCGGCCACGGCGGCGGCGGUGCGGCGGAGCCUGGUUGAGCUGGGCACCGUCGAGCAGCUGGCCGCCAUGCACGCCCUGUGCAUGCCGGACCCGCGGCGGUUGUGGAAAAUGCGCAUGGCUGGCCGGCCCGACUCCCACAUGUGCAUCUUUACCAACUGGUCGCAGGCCCAGUUCUACCAGAUCGAUCUCUCGCCCGCGGCGGUGGCAGAUGGCCAGGCCGGACAGGAGAAGGAGGACGGACAACAGGCGCCGCUCCUGCCGGGUUUUGUGGGCUGCUGGAUGCACAGCCCGGCCUGGUGGCCGCUGCGUGAUCAGUUUGUCAUCAUCGGCAAGGAUGGCCAAGGGGAUUAUUGGAUUUCUGGCACGUUGCGCAAAGGUUUGUGGGCCAAAAUUGACGAGGGGUUGAGGAAAGAGGAAUUAUGA